CAGUAACAUGGUGCAGAUUUUUAAUUAAAGUACAUUUUACUAGUGGCUGAGAUCCUUGACUCGAAGGACAGGUAAUGAGGACCAGAGCUGUUACAACUUCCAAUCACGAUUGUGCGACUUAAGCCAAGAAAUGUUAACAGUACUGUCAUGUGUUCCUCUCAAGUCUAUGGUCUCAUUAUUACACUUUCUGGCAGUAUGUAGCCUUUAAAGUUAAAGUCUCAGUGCCACAAGAGGGCGCUGCUAAAGAUGUCUAGAGUGAAUGUAUGUUUGAUGUUACGCCUUUAGACAUUCAAUUGGGAUAUAUCUGAUUGCAGUUUUGCUACUGGACCGUAAUAAUAAAACUGGUUUCAAUUAUAAAAAAAAAAAAAUGCAUUUUUUACAUAAUAAACUUGUGGUAGUGUAUCUUUUGUUUUUUAGUUUAGUAAAAUUGGGGGGAAAAAGAAAAGUCCCUUAAAGGCACACUAUGUAACUUUUUCUGGCAGAGGAUCCCCGUAUCCUUGUCUCCAUGGAUGUUGUUCCUUUGUCGGGAAAAUUCCACUGUACUUUUAUAAGCAUCAGUCUCCAUGGAGAAAUUAAGGUGGCAUCACUAGGCCAAGUUACAAGUCAUAUCUGUGGAGAAGUGAGCCCGCUCAGUUAGAAUGGAUGCUUUUAAAGGUCCCAAUAAAGACACUCAGAGCUCACACAGACUCAGCCACAGCCGCUCGCUUCUGCCUCAGUGACACGCACUUCGUGAACUGCUCCUCCAGCUGCACCGCUCGCCUCUGGGAGGUAGAGAGCUGUCGUCCUGUCAGAGAUUUCCCUGAAGACCAUGAAAGAACUAUAACAGAGUGUGCCAUGAUCCCAGACACCAACAGGAUGGUCACAGUCUCCUGGGAUAAGAAGAUGGUGGCCUGGGACAUGGAGACAGGACAGAUGCUGGCUGAAGAUGGUUCGUGCUCAGUGUCCUCUGUGAGGACUCAAAACUCUACACUACUGCCCUCCCCCACCUUGGAGCACAGCCCGGCCGCCAGACCCAACCACCCAGUCAACAGGUUAGAGCAAUGGCAACCUGUUGAAAGUGUUGCAGCCUUCAUGCCUCUCAUGGGGCUCAGCAGUAGGGCCACCUCCUGCCUCAAGCCCUGUGCCAUCUCUGCUGGACCUGCUGACACCUACUCCAAUGUACCAUGA